UCAGACUACCUGCUCACUCUGGACGAUGCUGGCGAUCUCGUGCGUCUUUCUGAGCUUCUCGAGUGCGCCCGUCCCGGACGGAGGAGCGGGCGUGUGCGUGACCGGCUGCUCCCCCUACACCGAGCCACCAUUCCCGACGUGGUCGCACAUGGUCUCCGAGAUGAGCAAGGAGUGCAAGCUGAUGGUCCACGUUGGCGACACCAAGUCCGGCUCGGGUGUGUGCGACGACGACUUGAUGGCCGGCCCGCUUCGCAUCAUGGUUGCGACCGGCACGCCGACUCUUUACACGCUCGGCGACAACGAGGCGACGGACUGCCACCGUAUGAAGACACGCGGCGACUACACCGCCGAUGGCGGCUCUACGUGCAAGGACGACCCUUGCACGUAUCCGCGGGAGUCGCAGUUCUACCAGGCCGAGGCGGCGCGCACGUACAUGAUCGAACAGUUCAUGACCGACACGACCACCGAUCUCACCGGCAAGCUCCCAGUGACGACGCAGUCGGAGGAGUGCCCGUUCAAUACGAUGGUAGUCGUCGACAAGAUGCUCGUCGCUCCCAUUGAGAUGCCCGGCUCCAACUUCGGGCUGAGCAACGAGGCGAACAUGGAGUUCGUCGACCCGUACGACAGCAAGGAGAAGUGCGCCACGGACGCGUGCAAGGCCACGAUGUCGCACCUCGACAUGUUCCACCGCGCCAACAACUGCAACAUGGCGUGGAUCGAGGGGGCGGCGUUCACCGCGGCAAACUUUGGCCUCAAGGCCGUCAUCAUCCCGUUCCAUGCGCGCUGGUGGACGGACCCGCCGAACGGUGGCGUCAAGCACGAGGCCGCGUACGGCGACUUCUACUCGAAGAUGAAGAACGUGACGAAGGCAAACCCCGACAUCAUGUUCUACACCGUCCACGCCGACUCGCACUACUGGAUCACCUUCUCCCCGGACGGCAUCGAGAAUUGGGUCAAUGUGAUGGUCGAAGGCUCCACGCGUGGCCUGACCUCGUUCGGCCAGUUCAAGUUUGAAGAGGGCAACGAGUUUGACCCGGUCUCCAUCAAGGAGGUGCACCGCAAGACGCCCGAGGAGAUGGACAUGUACUCGGACUGAGAGUGAUAAGAGGUGCCGUAGUUCCCCAGAGAUGAGCUGCCUCGCGCGGCAAAGCGUCCUGGGGGGGGGGGGGGGGGGGGCUUUUUUUAUUCGUCUGGGGAGGAAACCGGGACCCCCGUUCCCGCCGGCCGGGGUUUGCCAAUUUCGGUCGGGGGCCGGGGCCCUUUUUGCGUUGCGGGUUGGCAUCCCCCCCCCCGGGCAUGGAGCUGUGAACCCCCCUAGGGAGGGGGGGCCCCCAUGCCAUUUGUUCUGACUUUGACUCCCACACUGUGCCCCUUUCCCCUGCCCGCGUGCAAAACCUUUUAAACCUUUCCCCUCUAGGGGCUUGGGGGGAU